AUGGUUGAAUCUACAUUAAUCUACAGAUACGAUGCACUUCCAUUGUGUGGAUCGGUAGACGAUGAUAACGACACCAACUCACAAGCUUUGCAAGAACAAAAAAAGAAAUGCAAAAUCUUGAUCAGCAGGAUAACUCCAAACUCAGAGCCUCAAGCUACAAUCGAGUCGGGAGAGUUCAGUAUCCAUUACUUAAUCUCGCAAGGGAUCAUCUACUUAUGCAUAUGUAAAAAGUCAUACCCACGAAAGCUCGUCUUUUCUUACUUGAAUGAGAUAGCACAGGAGUUUUACAACAGUCAUGGACAGGAGGCUUUGAGUCCAACGGCAAGACCUUUUGGAUUCACCUCAUUUGACAACUUUUUGCACAAGACAAAGAAGAUAUACCAAGAUCAAAGAGCUCAGUCUAAUUUGAAUAAAUUGAAUGACGAUCUUGCGGAUGUGAAAAAAGUCAUGACUAAGAAUAUAGAGGACUUGUUGUACAGAGGAGAUUCGUUGGAUAAAAUGAGUGACCUAUCCAGCUCUUUGAAACAAGAUUCGCUCAAGUAUAGAAGAAGGGCCCAAAGAAUUAACUUGGAAGCUUUGAUUAAGCAAUACGUUCCAAUUAUAGGAGUUGGUUUAAUCUUUUUGUUUAUAUGCUACUACCUAUUGAGGAGAUGA